UCGAUUUCUGCAAAACAUCUGCAAAUUUCUGUUUUCCUCCUGUUCCAGUCCAACUGUCCAUCACUGAUCCUUUUUCCCAUGUUGCGUUUAUCUUCUCUCCAUUGUUGAUCGGGAAUCCGCAUAAUCUGCAUCCGUUAGCCGGAUCAUCCGUUUGUCUGUGUACAUGUCAGAACAUGCUUUCCUAGCAUCCAGUAAUUUUAUACUGCACUCCGGGUUUCGUCGCCAUGUUCUCUGUGCGGACACCCCCCAACCUCCUCUCCCGCUUCCUCAUCCACCGGUGCGCCUCGGCGUUGGCGGCGUCGACGCGCCUGUCGGAGUCGACGUUCAAAGGGAAGGGCAUUGGCCCCAGGGGGGCGGCCCCUAGUUCUGGUGCAGGGGUUAGGAAGGGAAGAUGGACGCCAAGGAGAAGCAGAAGAUGAUCGAUGAGUACUCGCAUUUCAACCCUACUCCCAUGAGUAUUAAGCAGUUUGUGGAGUUUGGAAGGAGUUUGACGGUCAGCGGGAAGGAGUUGUGUGCCAGGAGCAGCUUUGAGUUUCUCAGGAGGGAGCUGCUGGUGCGCCUGGCCAAUAUCAUGAAGGAGAUCCACUUGUUGCCGGAGAGUCUGCUGUCGCAGUCCAGCACGAAGAUCGUCCAGCACUGGUACGAGCAAAGCUUCUUUGAAGUGCUCAACUACGAACACGCCGAUCCCCACGACCCGGAAAUUAUUAAAAAAUUUACUGCCGAUUUGACGACGAUUCGCAACCGACAUGCUGGUGUUGUGGAAACAAUGGCGCAGGGUGUUGUGGAGUUGAAGAACAGCGCGGAAGGCCUGGUGGACAGUGCGACGCGGAGCAGCAUCCAGUAUUUUCUCGAUCGAUUCUACAUGAUGCGCAUUUCCAUUCGUAUGCUCAUUAAUCAGCACACGAUUUUAUUUGGCGGAGAGAAGCCGUUCAGCGCCCAGCACGUGGGCACAAUCGAUCCCGAAUGUGAUUUACAAGCUGUGGUAGAUGAUGCAUAUGUAAAUGCGCGGUCGCUAUGCGAAACCUAUUACACGCGAGCGCCGGAAUUGCAGAUACACUGCAUCAACACGGUGGACAAAGAGAGGAACUCUUCCGCCAAGAUCGUAUACGUCCCGUCGCAUCUUUACCAUAUAACCUUUGAAUUAUUUAAAAAUUCUAUGAGAGCGUUGUGCGAGAGGACGGAAGAGAUGGCCACUUUGGCGCCUAUUCAAGUCGUUAUUGUCAAGAGUGCUGAGGAUGUGGCGAUCAAGAUGUCAGAUUUAGGCGGUGGAAUUCCGCAGAAAUACAUGCCGCGUUUAUUUGAAUACAUGUUCAGUACCGCCCCGGCGCCGGUCGGAAACGAAGGCAUGAACGUUGUUCCCAUGGCGGGGUAUGGUUAUGGAUUGCCGUUGUCGCGGUUGUAUGCCCGGUAUUUCCACGGUGAUCUGCAAGUGUAUUCCAUGCACGGAUACGGCACCGAUGCAAUUAUUUAUCUGAAGACGUUGUCCGAAAGUGCCAGUGAACUGCUACCGGUAUUUAACAAGAGUGUAUUGCGUCAGUACAAAACUUCUCGCACACACGGCUGGAGCUCCAAUCAGUCCAAAUUUCAGGUCGAAUGGGGAUGAUGCAAUAACAUAGACAUAUUAGCUUAAUUUAAUUUUUACAGCCUCUCCUUUCUAUUUAUAAUUUUAUAAUCUCCUUGUUGUUGCUGGGCCGCGAAUGGUCGUUUGGAAAAUAUUCUGAUGUGUUUGCAGAUUUUCAUCUGCCUGUCGUAUGUUUUGAAUGCUCUUUCGUCUGCUUGUAGGUGUUUUCAUUUGUUUUAUUGCAGAUGUUGUUCGACAAGCGUAGUACUCAUACUUUGUAGUUUGUAUUAGGAUGAUAGGAUCCGUAACAAAACGCUUCAGAUGU